GAAAUGCAACUUCCUCUUUCCUCCUUCAUUUCUCUCUCUCUUGAACCUUGUUGAAGCAGACUUGUCGUCAAGUCUUCUUUGAUUUCUCUUUCUCGCAAUUCCUCACAAAUUCUUCCUCACAAUCCCAAUUCACCUCAAAAGGAAAAAUCCCAAGGCUUCUGAUUCUUCCUCUUUCUGAUUCUAUUCUAUCAACCUCACUUUUUCACCACCGUCUCAAUUCUAAAGACUUCUUUUGCAUUUUUACAAAAUUUUCAUCCAUUUUCUCACUUGCAAGCCCCCAGUGAUUUUCCCGGAAAAGGGUAUCUCUCACUUUCUUGCAAGUGUGUUUUUUUUCAUCAAAGGUGUCUGCUUGAUCACAAUGGAAAGAAGACACGCGUUACUGGCGUUUUUGUUGUUGUCUCUGAUCGUGUUUGAUGUUUCUGAUGCUUCCUUUGUUAAGGACAUUAGAAAGUUGGUCUCUUUGGAUCCAAAAGAUCAAGAAAAUCCAACAACAAAGGGUUCUCCGCCGCCAGCGUCAAGUGAGAGAAAAUCAGAUCCAAAAGGUGGUGAUGAAACAAAAGUAAAGAAAGACAUUCCACCUUCCACUAGUAAUAAUGAUACCACCCCAGUUCCACAACCACAACCUUCACACAAGGUGGAGAGUGAGAAUGGUACUAAAAAGGAGACCACUGAUGCACCACCACCUCCUGUAAAUGCACCACCACCUCCUCCUGCAAGUGCACCACCUCCUCCUCAUCCUGGAAGUGCACCACCUCCAGUGCCCAAAAAAACUGAUGAUGGUGGCAAGGUUCAGGAAAAAGAGAAGGGAAAAAGUGGGGGGAUAGGUUUAUCACAAUCUUCCACCAAUGACACUUGUGAAGGGCUUAAUUUCUGCACAGACGAGGGGGACAUGACUGCUUGCAUUUCGAUAACUGAUCCCAAAUACUUGGUUGUUCUUCUUCAAAAUAGAGGAGAUGGUACCAUCAAAGUGCAGCUUCGAAGUGAUUUUGAAAGUAACCUUGGAGGUGUAGAAGUUGACAAACAUAAAACAGAAAAGGUCAAUAUCACUCGAAGUAGCAGCCAAAGUACCCAACUGACUUUAAAUGCUGGGAAAGGGGAUUGCGUGCUUCACAUGGCUACUCAUGUACCUGAAGGAAGUUUCGUUCUGCGUCUUCCUUCUUACGACAAGAUCUUAACACCAGUAAACGGCGCCUAUUUCCUCAUAUUCACAGUACUGGUCUUUGGAGGGAUAUGGGCAUGUUGCAUGUUCAGGAAGAAGCGACCCGAUGAGAUCCCGUAUCAAGAGCUUGAAAUGGCACUGCCGGUGUCUGCUUCAGCUACCAAUGUGGAAUCUGCUGAAGGUUGGGAUCAGGGAUGGGAUGAUGAUUGGGAUGACAACGUGGCGGUGAAGUCACCGGGAGCAGUGCGUGGCAUCUCGGCAAAUGGCCUUACUUCUAGAUCUGCAAACAAAGAUGGAUGGGAUAAUAACUGGGAUGAAUAGUUAAUCAGCAGGCAAUAUAAAUUAUAAAGGAAGAAGGAUUUUAACCUCAAAGGUUAGGGGAACAAUUUAGAAGGGAUGUGACAAAUGUGCUGUGGUGAGCAAGGGACAACAAAAAACGAUGAGACUAGUGUAAUAGUUUUAGCACAUUGGAUUGUUUAUUUUGGCCUUGUAAUAGUGAAUGCCCUGGCUCAAAAGGGAAACUGUAAAUGAAAUAUAGGAAGUAAAAGUAAAGUUUUGGGCUUUAUCAAAUCAAUAUACAUACUAUUCGUGCUACCAAAAAAAAUGAAAACCAUUUUGAAUUUUGAUA